UACUUCUAUCUGACGAUAGAUUCUGGUUUUGACCACCGCCGAUAGUGAUACCAUCGCCUGCUCCGGCUGCCAUGGUAGGUACCUCCUCCGCUCCCUCGGCGCCCGCCGUAGAAGAAGGCGAACGGGCGGCGCUGCGGAUGAAGUACCGGGGCGUGAGGCGGCGGCCGUGGGGCAAAUGGGUGGCGGAGAUCCGCGACCCGCACAAGGCCGCCCGCGUGUGGCUCGGCACCUUCGCGACGGCGGAGGACGCGGCGUGCGCAUACGACAGGGCCGCGCUCCGCUUCCGCGGCAGCAGGGCCAAACUCAACUUCCCCGAGGACGUCCGCCUCCGUCCGCCUUCUUCCUCCUCUGCUUCCGCUGCCGCCACUGCUGAUCCCCCGAUGCCGGGUGCGGCCGCAGUAAGCGACUACUUGGCCUACUCGCGGCUGCUGCUGGGCGCGCCGGAGGGCCUACUAAAUCAGUUUGGCGCCUACGACGCCCGCGCAUCUCCGGCGAUCCAGGCCGGCUGCAGUUCCAUGCCUUUGCGCUCGUUUCUGGUCUCCUCUGUUUCGUCUUCCACUCGUACUCCUUUCUACGCUCCGAGCGAAGCAGCUGAGCUGCAGAUAAUAAACUGGGGAAGAGGAGGAGGAGGAGGGGCAGAGGAGUCGCCGGAGAGUUGGACGGACUCAAUCGAGUUUCCGCCGCACUUGCUAAAUUGAAUAUUCGAUGAAUCAUUUAGCAAACAACUCCGCACUUGCUAAUCUCUUUUCUCUACUCUUCCUAGUGAUAACAUUCAGGUAUUAUUCAGUUCGUCAUGUUCCAUCAAUGCUGGUAAACAUGGUUGAAUCAUUGUAUCUUGCAAAAUAAUUACCUCUAA